AUUAUUAUUAUUAUUAUUAUUAUAUGUUCUCCAGUUUCAUGAACUUGCGCUGCGACUUUCCACAUAUUACCAGUUAUCGUUUAGUCUUAAAUAUACUGAAUAUCAAUAAUUAACUUUCACAUUCAAUCUUAGAUUUAAGUCUUAAACAAGGUUAUAUUCAUAGAUUGUGAAUCCUUAUAUAUUAUUGUAUAAAUAAUUCAUAGCAAAUAUCCAACUAUGACUCAAAGUAAUCUCUUAGAAGUUUCUUUUGUAAACUGUUUACUGAUGCAUUUAUUUAUGCUUUUAAUCAAAAGAUUGAAUUCAUGUGUCGAUUAAAGUUAGACCAUCAUGUAAAAUCUGAGAGCACUGGAUAGCUGUUUCAUUCUAGUAUAGGACUAAGCACUGCGCAUCCAAGAUUCCACAUAAAACACUCGAACCUAGGACGUCAGGUCUCGCGUACGAACUCUUGACCUUUAGGUUAAUGAACCGGCAUCAAAUGGUGUUAAUAUCCAACUUCAACUAAUCCAUGAAACCGUGCCACUGUCCACCUGUUAUAUCUGGAGCUUAGAUUCUUACUAUGCCGCGAAAUACUAGACUACUUGAACGAUCGAACUCGCAACGUCGCAAGAGAGAAAACAGAAGACUUGUAAGUAGGAAUGUUAUUCCCAAAACAGUGUCAAAUAUAGUACAAAAAUCUCAUAUAUUUAUAGUUUUUUGGCUGAAAGUAAAUCAUCAUUUCGGACAGCCAAUAGGCACGUAAGGGGUUGUUCUUAUUCAACCAAUAGGAGAGCUACACGUCGACAUUCUAGAAUGUUCCUUUGGCGUGCAUUGGAUGGAAUGUGUUUGGCUCUUCUCCAGGCUUCCUUGAGUUUGCUAACAAGCCAUCCUAACACCACUAUUAUCUUCAGUGAGUCACUGCCUCGCAACAAACACAAAUCAAAUUUCACUGGUCACAGCUUUCCGAUAAUAAUCAUCAUAUACCCACUAGUGACUAGCUUCAAGAGGUAUUUCAAGAAGUUGUAGUGAGAAGCUGUGACCAGUGGAGUUCAACGAGGUCUGUUGUUGAGGCAGUUACUCACUGAAAACAUUUGAAGUUGGAUAAUAACACCAUGCAAAUCCUGUUCAUUGGUUUAGAGGUUAAGCGUCCGUGCGCGAGACUGACAGGCCCUGGGUUUCAAUCGCGCUAGAGGGAUCGUGAAUGCUCACCACUGAGGAGUUCUAUACUAGGACGAGUAGACUAUCCAAUUCGUCCACGUUUUCCAUGAUUGUCAACUAUUAAAAUUACUACAAUCUCCAUAAAACUCCCUCUAUUUCAAAUGAUUAAUGGGCGGUUAAAAAUAGAUUUAUCUAUAUCGUGAAUAAUUUUCAUUCUUGUUUUUUUUUUUUAAUUUUCAUAUCAAAAAAAGCGGUUUGUUUUGUUUUAAUUUUUCUUUUCUUUUUGUUGUUGUUUUUUUUUCUUUUUCAUGUGUUCAUUUCUGUUUGAUUUACUUUCAUGUAUCCAUGUUCAUAUUUUAUUUAUCAUAAAAACAAAAAAAAACAUACUGCAUGAAUUAACAUUUGAGUUUACAAAAAGAGAAAAAGGAAAGGGGGUGGGCAAGAAAUAGUACAUAAAGGGAGAGAGAAAGAAAAAAAGAAGCAAAGAAGGAAGGAAAGAAGGAAAGAAGGGAACAAUCUUACUGUUACAUUUUCCUAGUUACUUUUAUUAUUUAUUUCAAAAGGACUAGUGUUCAGUAAAUGAAACUAAAAUUAGAAUAACCUAAUUGCUUUCAGAAUAUGAAGGUAACAAAAAGGAAAAAUCAAAGUGGGCAACACUAUUCCUCUUCUUUUUCUUCUUGUUUUAUCCUAGUUUCAGAUCAUUUUAACAAUAUCUAAUAUUAGACUAUUGAAAAAUCAUUAUUAUAAACUAAUCUUUAAAUAGUUCUAUGUGAUAUAUGCGUUCUCACGAGAGACUGAUAAGUCCUAGGUUCGAAACACUUGGAACGAGAUCGUGAAUAUGCAUUACUGAAGAGUCUCAAAAUAGGACAAAACAGCCUUCCACUACUUCUAGGUUUUCCAUGGUAGUCUAGUUUCAAUCGAUCUAUCGUCUCAACUAUUAAAAUUGAUAUACAGCUGAUUCAUGAUAAGUAUUUGAAAAGUUUAUGAACUACUUAUUAUUCAUUUUUUUAUUUCAGUAGUUUAUUUAGUUGUUUUUUUCGGUUUCUCUUGCUCGACCCAGUUGUGAAUCAAUCAAAGGUGCAAAUUUGUAUAUUUGUGGUCUACCAAAAUUUAUGACCGAAUCUGAUUUGGAAAAAUUAUUUCAUCCUUGUGGAAAAAUUAUCACCUCAAGAAUUCUUUUUGAUAGUAAUACUGGUCAAUCUAAAGGUGUUGGUUUUAUACGUUUUGAUCAACGUCAUGAAGCUGAAUUAGCUAUACAACAAUUUAAUGGUUAUCGUAUUGGUUCAAUGGCAGAUAGUCCAUUAAUAGUAAAAUUUGCUAAUAUUCCAACAUCAAAUAAAAAUAGUCUAACUAAUAUUGUUAAUCCUAUGAUUACAUCAUCAACACCUAUCCAUAAUAAUAGUAAUAAUAAUAAUAAUAAUGGAAAUAUUGAUUAUCAAAAUCAAACUAUGACAACAUUAUCCUCUUUAAUUAAUUUAAAUAAAUUAGCUAUGAAAGCGAAUGAAUUACAAUCCAUGAUAACUCCGGAACUUUUAAAUAAUAAUGAUUCAACUUAUGAUUUAUUUAAUACUACAACUAUACCACAAAUAAUUACAGAUUCAGGUAAUGGAAAGAAUACACAAAGAAUAGGUGGACCUAUUCAUCCAACUGCUAUACACAAACUACGAUUUAAUCCAUUAGAUGGUUGUGCUAUACCAUUACGUAUUAAUCCAUUUGAUAGUAUCAAUCAUAAUUCAAUAAAUAAUUUAACAUCAUCACCGGCUUCAGCUAAUGGAUUACGUUUAAUAGGAAAAAAUGUUAACAAUAGUAAUAAUAUGAAUGCUGCAAUCUCAUUAGCUGCAGCUUUAGCAGCAGUUAGAGCAACAACAACAACAACGACGACGACGCCAACAGGAACAACAACACUAACAAAUAACCAACCAGAUCCUUUACAAACACAAUUAUUAACACAAUUAAAUGGGAUACCACAACAAUUACCAGGAGUUAUAGGUUUUACAAUACCAUGGUUAGGUACUAAUAUAGAAACAAAUUUAAAUCAAUUAACCAAUCAUAUUUAUCAUACAAAUAAUCCAUUUAUUGAUUUAUUGAAUCAAUCAUCUAAUCAUAAUAAUAAUAAUAAUAAUAAUAAUAAUAAUAAUAAUGUCUUAUCAAAUAUUUCAUUGAAUACAAUACCAUUAAUGAAUUAUCCAGAUUAUAAUAAUAAUAAUAAUACACAAAUUGGAUUACAUGAGCAACAGAAUCUUCAUUUGAUCCCUACCUUACAUAAUAAUAAUAAUAAUAAUAAUAAUAAUAAUAUUACUAAUAUUAGUAAUAAUAAUGGUAAUAGUAAUAGUAUGAAUUCAACGAAACCAUCUCUUCCAAUUGUAGAUCCAUUAAUGUUUAAUUCAUUCACAUCAAAUUUAGAUAUACAUUCAGUAACAAAUAGAUUAUUACAAGAUAUGACAACUCAUUCAAUCAUUGCAAAUCAUGUAAAUGGUACAACAUUACCAACACCAACACUAACACCACCCUCGCUAUCAGCACCGUCAACAACAACAACAACAAACAUAGCAACAACGGGUAUAUCAAAUAAUGAAUUAUUUUCAAUUAAUCAUUAUUCUCCUAAUACCAUAUUAAAAAUUGAAGGUUUAUCACCUGAAACAGAUGAAUCAAUUAUAUUAAGAUUAGUUUCUGCAUUUUCAAGUGUAUUAUCUAUACAAUUAUUACCUAAUAAUGAAUUAAAUAGUGAAAAUAAUAAUAAUGAUAAACAAGAAAUGAAAGCUUUAGUAGUGAUGUCAGAUUAUGAACAAGCUAAAUUAGCAAUACAUUAUUUAAAUGGAUGUACACUUCAAAAUCGUGUAUUGAAAGUAUCAAAAUGUGAAAAUAUAAAUCAAUCAACUCAUUAUAAUUUUACUGAAUUUCUACAACCAACUAAUACCAUUCUAUUAUAAGCACGUUUGUCGAAUCCAAAAAAAGAAAACGAAAAAGAAGAAAAAAAAAAGAAAAAAGGAAAAGAAGAUCAAUCAAACUAACUGAUUCAAUAUGCACACACACACACACAAAAAAAAGGACUUUGUAUUAUUCAUAAACUCUUCUUUUUUUUAUUCAAAUGAACAUUACUGAUUUUUAUAGAAGUUCUUUUUCUUUUGUCAAAGAUCCUAUCAACAUCUUGAAUAGAAAUUCAAUCUAGAAAAGGAAUCUUUACAAAUAUAUAUUGAUAUUCAUUUGAUAAGAUUUUGUACAAAGUUGCUUUUUAAAAAAAUAUAUAUAUAAUCUUUGAAUUAA